CUGCGGGGCGGGGCGGGUCCGGGACGCGGCAACCAGGAGGAUGGAGGGGGAUGCGCGGAGGAGAAGGGAUCCUCGUUGACGUCAGGCGAUCGCGGUGAUCUCCCCUUCAUAUCCGGGUCCCCGGGCGGCUCCCCCGGGCCGCUCGGCGCUGCGAGGCGGGGGCCGCCCGGAGGUGGCCGGCGGCGACCGCAGCAUGCCCGCCUCCCGCCGCCGCUGCCCAUGGAGAUCGCGCUGGUGACUCUGGAGAACGGCGGCGCCACGGCUAUCGCGGGCGGCGAGGAUGUCGCGACCGGCGGCAGCGGCGGCGGCGGCGGCAGCAGCGGGCGGGCUCGGCGACGGAGCGACCUGCUCCACAUCGCGGGCUCCGCCGCCGCCGCGCCGCGACUGAGCGACGGCAAGGAGGGGGCACCGCCGGGCCCCCGCAGCGGCAGGGCAGGCAGCCUCAACGGGCGGGCGCCGCCGCCCCAGCCGCCCCAACCAGCGCCCCAACCGGCACCUCAACACGAAAUGGGACCCCCCGAGGAAGGGGGCCACCGGCGGGGCAUGGCCAUGGCGGCGGCGGGUGAGGAGGAGGAGGAGGCGGCGACAGCGGCGAGCCGGGGCGCGCUGCACCAUCAGCGGGUGCUGAUCAACAUCUCCGGGCUGCGCUUCGAGACCCAGCUCGGCACCCUCAACCAGUUCCCCGACACGCUGCUGGGAGACCCGGAUAAGCGCAUGCGGUACUUCGACCCACUCCGCAAUGAGUACUUCUUUGACCGCAACCGGCCCAGCUUCGACGGAAUCCUCUACUUCUACCAGUCCGGGGGCAAGCUCCGCCGGCCCGUCAAUGUCUCCAUCGAUGUCUUUGCUGACGAGAUCCGCUUCUACCAGCUGGGCGAUGAGGCCAUGGAGCGAUUCCGGGAAGAUGAGGGCUUCAUCAAGGAGGAGGAGAAACCUCUGCCUCGCAACGAGUUCCAGCGCCAGGUCUGGCUCAUCUUUGAGUACCCCGAGAGCUCCAGCUCAGCCCGGGCCAUCGCCAUCGUCUCCGUGCUGGUAAUCCUCAUCUCCAUCAUCACAUUCUGCCUGGAGACCCUGCCCGAAUUCAGAGAUGAGAGGGAGAUGCCUGUGCCCUUGCCCCCACAAAGCGGAGGUUUGAAUGGCACUACUGGGGACCCGCUACCCAUGCAGCCACCCAGCAGCCUCUCAGACCCCUUCUUCAUCAUUGAGACCACCUGCGUGAUCUGGUUCACCUUUGAGCUUCUUGUACGCUUCUUUGCCUGCCCCAGCAAACCUGAGUUCUCCCGCAACAUCAUGAACAUCAUCGACAUUGUAGCCAUCAUCCCCUACUUCAUCACCCUGGGCACAGAGCUGGCCCAUGAGCAGCAGCAGCCUGGGGCUAGCAGUAGCAAUGGGGGUGGGGGCCAGCAGCAAGCCAUGUCCUUGGCCAUCCUCAGAGUCAUCCGCCUGGUCAGGGUCUUCAGGAUCUUCAAGCUCUCCAGGCAUUCCAAGGGGCUGCAGAUCUUGGGACAGACUUUGAAAGCCAGUAUGAGAGAGCUUGGACUCCUCAUUUUCUUCCUCUUCAUUGGGGUGAUCCUCUUCUCCAGUGCUGUCUAUUUUGCUGAGGCUGAUGACCCUGAGUCUCAUUUCUCCAGCAUACCCGAUGCUUUCUGGUGGGCGGUGGUGACCAUGACCACUGUUGGCUAUGGGGAUAUGCGACCUGUCACCGUGGGGGGAAAGAUUGUGGGCUCCUUGUGUGCCAUUGCGGGUGUGCUCACCAUUGCCCUGCCUGUCCCUGUCAUUGUGUCCAAUUUCAAUUACUUCUACCACCGAGAGACUGAUCAUGAAGAGCAAGCUAUCCUCAAAGAAGAGCACAGUAGUGCUCAAGGCAGCACAAUGGGGGGAGAUGCAAAGAGAAGAUCCAGUAAAAACUCUCUGAACAAAUCUGUUGUGCACUUGGAAAACAGUGAGGGGUUCAACAAUGGCACCAGCUCUUUAGAGAAAACCAAUAUCAAAGCUAAAAGUAAUGUAGAUCUCAGAAAAUCCCUCUAUGCUCUCUGUCUGGACACCAACAGGGAAACAGAUCUGUAAGGAAAGGAGAAAAUUAGAGCUUAGAGAUGCACAAAGAUUUGCUGCUGUUGGAAACUUACUACUAUUCCUAUUAUUUUCAUACCAGUUAGUUUUUUUAAUCAGGCUAUAUUUUAUAAAUUGAUCACUGUCCUGAGCAGUCCUUCAGGAAUACAUGUUUUUAUGUUCUUUUUCCAUGACACAAAGGGUCACCUAUUUUUAAAAUAGACUAAGAAUAAGCUAUGCUCCAUGAUGCAGGAGCUGGUAAAUUACGAAAGUGCAAAAUCUAAUUUGUAGAAACUUAUUUUAGCAAAUAGUGUUUGGUUUUAAAUGGGUCAUUGGUAAGCAAUUCAGUUGCUCCGAGUUUAAUAUUCAAGAUUUGGGGGUUGUGUGUGUGGAGAAUGAAUGGAUUUUGGGGUGGGGGGAAGGAUGAGGAUUUUUUUGUACUGUAGUUUCAAACUGAAAUUAUUCUAAUAUAUUUUAUAUCUGUAUAUCUGUAUUUAUGGGUGAAAAGGGUUUUCUUAUUCCUGUGAAAUAUGACUUCAUUAAAGCACUAGGGACAUUAGCAGAUCAGCACUUUCAGAAUUUUCCACUUGUGAUCAGUACAGAUCUGUUUGUCUAGUAUGUGAAGUGAAUUUGGUGCUCUUAACCCAAUAGCAGAAAAUGUUUAUUUUCAAUGAUAUAUUAGUUUCUUUUGAGCCUUAAAUUAUUAAUUAUUGCAGAUAUACUUCUUUAUAAAUAAUUUUAUUAAUUACCUUACUGUUUCAGAAUUUCUAAAUAUUAGGUCCUGUGCUUUCUGUCCCCUCAGGAAAAAAAAAAAAAAUCAGCAUUAUUAUUAUUAUUAUUAUUAUUUAGUUUUACAGUUUUACACUUUCAUUAUCUUUUUGAGACCAAAAGAAAAAUAGUACUGUCUGCUGUGACUAGAUUUGAUCCAAGUGCACAACAGAUCAAAAACAGUAGGGAGUGGAUAGAUGUAACAUGAAGGUAGAAUAUGAGUGCAGUAUCUAUAAAACUACUCCUUUAUUCUACACUCCAGAUUGCUUUGGCACAAGUACCAGUCACCUUGAUGUAUCCAUACCAUUUUUGUACAUAGCUCACUGUUUUUAAUUAUUGUAGACUGGAAAUGGAUGGCACUUAAAGAAUAUAAUGUCUUGCCACACUGCUGAAAUAACCAUUGUGUGGCAUAUACCUCGGAUUCAGAUGGAAAGCAUUACCUUUCACCAAAACACAUCCUUGUUUUCCUUUGUUUCCAAACAAAAUCUUUUCAGUGCUGUGGAUAUUACAGUUAAGAUGUCAUUGAGAGAUGAAUGAGAAAUUAUCUUCAUCCUGAUAACACAGCACUGUACAACUCACUAGUGAAGACUGACAUGAAAUUGCUUCUUUAAAUCAAGGCGCUGUGUUACUAUUUUUCUUGCAAAGGACAUCUCAUCCCCUCAAUCUCCUGUUGUAUUGCUGAAGGAUGUUUCAUGCCUUUACCAAGUACGGUGAUACUGGAAGACUAGCAGAAAGGAGUCUUGAUUGUCAACACUCAAGGUAGUAAAGGCUGUGUCUGCACUGGUAGUCCUUCUCAGGAGCUGAAGAGGAGCACUUACCCAAAGUGGGUGCUGCCAGGUCUUCUGGAUGUUCACUGUGAGUGGUCUGGAGCUCAUGCAGUAGUGCAGGUCUCCAGAUGGCUUUCCAUGGCAUCGUCUUCCAUAGCGCACCAAUGAGCCACAGGACUGAGACAGAAAUUCCAGUGUGGGGAGGGUGUGAGUCAUGAGACGAUACUGACUAUUGGGAAGAUACUGUUGCAGCGACUGAAACCAAACAUAUUUAUUCCUUGUUCUCUAAUCAUCUUUGGUUAGCAGAAAUAGCUGAAAAAACUUUCACCUGGACAAAUAACUGUGAUAUCCCCAUGAAGCAUGCACUCUCAUUGAGAUGGAUUUCUUCUUUCAAACUGUUGAAAGCCUGUUCUUCUUGGAGGUUUCUUUCAUAGAGGAAUUGUUUAGUACUACAAAAGGAGUGUUCAGAGUGCAAUAAAAAUUCAAAACUUUUGAAUUCACUCCCAGGCACAAGAAGACCUAACUACCUGAGAUUUUGUUUGGAAAUAAAUUAAUGUCUCUUUUUUAUCCCCCAAACCACUGGGGCUCUGUGCUUUCUCUUUUGUAAAUAAGUUCUUAUACUUUGGGUAACUUUUACAAUGUUUCUAACAUAUCAAAUUUUCUCAUUGUUCUGGAAGAAGAUUCAAGUGUUGGUUCUUAUUUGCAUUCAUCUUUAUUUAUUUUGUAAUCUUGAGAUACGUUGCAUGUCUGGAGUUUGUAUUUCAACUUUUAACAUAAAACUGCUGUACAUACAAGUCUAAAAUGCAUCUGAAGAUUAGCCUAAUCUUUCAUGUGACUCUAACUUGAACGUUUUUCUGUUUAUGUUUAUAUUGCUAUUUGAAAAAUGUGCAUUACCUGUAUUCUUUAUGCCUUUUUUCCUGGCUAUAACUCAAUAAAAUUAUUUAUUUCCCCCUUCAGCAGAUCCACAUCACAUGUGUAUAACAGAUAUAAGUUUUUAAAAGAAUAAUGUUUUAUAGUCAUAAAUAUCUAAAUCUAUAUCAUUAUUUUUAUCUACAGCCUAAUAUGUAUCUAUCUGUAACAGCCUGAACAUCUUCUGACAUAGGAUUUGGGAUGGUGAAAAAAUUACCAGUCAGUGGUAAAUUCAGUUUAGCAGUAAUGCUUCACAAGGCUGUUUGGACUUGAAUAGUAGAUUAUUCUAUUCCCUAAAUGUAUAUGCUCUUAAUUACAAUUCUGACUACGGCUAAGUUUAGAACUGGUAUUAGCCAUGUGAGUCAGUUGGGUGUUACACGUUUCAUCAGGCUACAAGUAACUUCUAUGUCACUUCAGCUCAGGGAUUAAUAAAUGUCUGCAAUAUGUCCUUUGUCACAGAAUAUGCACGUUUCUAAGGACUGCUAGCAUAACCUUUCAAAGCUCCCAGUCAUUGUGUUAUUUAAGAAGGAAUGUAGUUCAAGAGAUCUGCCACUGGCCUGGGAUAACAGAGACUUUUAUUUAUUUAUUUAUUUAUUUAUUUAUUUAUUUAUUUUGUGAGAGCAAGUAUAUUAGGUGAAAUCCAACCAUGUGGCAUUUUCUGAAAGUUAACUGAAGUACUAAUUUGAGGACAGCAUCUAAAAUGUCUGUGAGAAUCUGCAUCUUGCUGACUUGCCCAUGGGCCCUAAUUCUGAGGCAGAGAAUAGACAAAAACUACAUUUUCUGGUGAAAAUUGUUCAUUGAAUGAGCCUGAUGAGCACAAAAACAGCAGACCCAAGGGAAGCAAGUUGCUUUGCUCCACCAUUUGAAGUUAAAUUCAAAAGAGAAGGCUUGAGGAGUUUGUGUGAAAACACUACUUUCCUGUGCUACUUUUUGAACUGAAUGCUAUGAGACCUGUCUCUGCCAUUUUGGAGUCUAAUCCAGGCAGAUUCUAAUCUGGCAUAAACUAGCCUAAUUUCUUUUACAUUACUGGAGCUCUUCUGGUUUAUACCCAUUGAGGACCUGAAAGCUCAGCUGCAUUUAUCUGAAACUGAUUUAUAUGAACCACAUCCUUUUAAAAGAAGCUGUUCUUUGUAUCCUCUUUAGAAACAGGGAAAAAAGAAAAGAAGAAGAAAAAAAAAAGCAAGCAAGCAAGAAAAGAGUAAUUUGGCUUGGGGAGCUUGUAGGUUGAUGCAAACCUCAGGCCUCUAAGUGGUGGGCUUCCACCCUUGUCAUGUGGAUGUUCAACUGCUUUUCAACUACAUUUUCUAUUCUAUUCUUUUCUUUUAUUUAUUUAUUUAUUUAUUUAUUUAUUUUUGUAGUGAGCAGAUCUAGUGAGGUGCUUGAUUAUGUGCUUAAGUGUAUCCCUAGCUGACAUGAACAGACUACACAUAUGCACAUGUGGAGGCAGAAUUAAUCUUUUUUAUGGAUAGUUUUGAGUGUUUGAAAAUAGACUGAUUUCAGAGUGAACUUAUCAAAGUUCUAUGGGCUAUGAGCAUUCAUAGAUAUUAAAAUAAUUCAGAGCAAGGACAUGAAAACCUCCAAUGUCUUUUCCGCUUUGAGAAGAUUCAGCUUUUUUUGGCAUAUUUGUUAGAAGAUGUGCAUUGGCAGGAGGAACUUGAGGCCGUUAUACAAGAGUAGAUUUUGCUGCCAUAAUAUUCCUUUUGGACUCCUGAAUUUAGGGAAGUUGAUGCAAAAUUUUCUGAUAGUUUCAGUGGGUUGUGAACAUAUCCUUGUUCCAUCAAAUAUAGUAAUUUACAAAGCAGUCAAAGAGGAAAAGACAUUUCUCAUUCUUGUAUAUUUAAUUCUGUAUGCCAAGCCUGUGUUUCAGAUUUAAAAUCAUACACAAUGAAAAGUGUACAAUUUAAAUACAAUGAAGUAUGAAUCAA